AGUGAGAGAGAGAGACAGUGAGGAGUGAGACAGACAGGUGAGGAGUGAGACAGACAGGACUGUGACAGACAGACAGGAGUGAGACGGACGGACAGGUGAGGAGUGAGACGGACAGACAGUGUCUGAUCCGGUCUAACGCCACAGUGAGUCCUGCACGAGGAGUCCGGCUGUUUUAAAGGUGCUGAUUGGCUGAUAGACUAGAUCUCUGUUUGAGAUGUAUUAAAGAAACAUGAACGAUCAUGUGAUCAUCUGUGUAACUGUCUGGACUCAGGACUCUGGAGUCUGGACUCUGGACUCAGGAGUCUGGACUCAGGACUCUGGACUCAGGACUCUGGAGUCUGGACUCAGUCCUUUUCGGUUUCUCAGACCUUUCUUGUCUCUGAAAGUCCAGACGUCGAAGUGUCGCCGUGUAAAAUAUUAUUAUUCGCUGUACGUUACUAUUUGAUUUCUAAGAACAUGAAGGGAGACGCGAGUUGAUCGGAUGGAAAUAAUGACUGUUGUUGUUUCAAAUAAAUGCACUUUUCCCUUUUUUAUUAAUCAAAAAUCAAUAUAUGGAUUAUCUCCCAGAACCCCAGCUGCUCAUAGUUUAGGAACUCAAAAAUAAAUAAAGAUGGAAAAUCACUUAAGAACUUUUACUGAAACAGUUUUUACAGUUUCUCACACAAGUGGAAUCAAGUUUCUAAUAAACAACAUGUGAAAGCUGAAACACCACGAUGUAAAAAUACUUAAUUAGACAGAAGUUCUGCAUUUCAAAGUCUGUUUAAGUAGAAGUAUUAUUAGUAUCAUUAGUACUAUAAAGUAUUUAUAAGUAUAUUUUAAAGUAUUAUGUCAUUUUAGAUUUUCAACUCUGGUUUUUAAUCACUUCACAGAGUUUUAAUGCAAAACAAAUGAAAAAUCUGCAUAAAGUUUAUAUACUGAUGAAGUUUAAAAACAAUUAGUCGAUGGACAGAAAGUCGAUCGUUAACUAAUUUGAUUAUUGAUUAAUGAUGAUUAAUUAGCUUUUGCUCUUUCUGCUUCAGAAAGUGUUGAUUUGCUGUUUUUCUCUUUUUGUGGCAUCGAUUUUCUGACUGAACGAUUAAUCGUAGAAGCAAUCAACAGAUUGAUCCGUUAUCAGAUGCUCUCAGCCUGUAUAUCAGAUGUAAUAUAAAAUAUGUAUAAUAUAAUAUGGUGGAGGAGAUAAACUUUCAUACUUUAAUUUCCACCAGCUACAACAUGAAAAGCUCGUUAAUGUGUUAAACCACAUGUUGUUGUACAGCAGCAGGGAAUCGGCUCCUGUCAGACUGAACUCCGGCCUCAAAUUCACACUGUUAACUUUAAUUUUUUGCGCAAUUGCUUUCUUCCGUUUUCCAUGUCAUUUCCUGUGAUGAAAAAUGGUGGUCAAAGCUCGAGGAGGCGACCGAGUCGCUGCAAAAAAUUAACGGGAAACUUUGCAUCGGCGGGCAGCCGCGGAGCCAGCGGCCGGGGGUCGGUGCUCGGCGGCCGGGGGGCGAGGGUCGAGCUUCACCCGGGAGAGAGGGUCCGCGUCCCCGCUGCGUCUCUGCACAAGGUGGGUCUGUCAGUAGCCACUGUGGCCAGCGAAAAUGGCUUCCGAAAACAGCAGGCAGAUUGCCAGUUGUCUGCAGAUCGAAACUGUGGCGCAGAUCGAAACUCCGCCGCUGAUUCACCCGAAACCCGCUAAUCUGACAGAUUGUCUGCCGGCACCGAGGCACCGAGGCCGGCAGCUUCAGUCUCUCAGAGCCGGAGAGGCUCCGCAGCAGAUCCGAGGGGUGCAGAGCUCCAGGAACCGAAACAAAGCUUCAGAUGUUGGCAUGAAGCUGCGAGGAGUCCUGGGAAAGAGCUCACACCCGAGGCUGAUGUUCACACUGUUGUCUGAUAGGUUUUCUCACAGUUGUGUAUUUGUGAAUUAGAGCUGAAAUAAUUGAUCACUUAAGUCAAUGGACAAAAAAAACUAAUCUGCAACUUUUUAAAUAAUUGAUUCAUCUUUAAAAAUUGAUUUUACAAACAUCGAGGGCUUUCUGUUUUUCUCCGUCUUACAUCAUUUUUAAACUGAAUCUCUGAGUUUCGGACUGCAAAUUGAAAAUGGCCGGGCUGCAAUCAAAACGGUUAAGUUGUAAAACCAAAACAACGAGCUGAAAGACACUAAAACGCUGCAGAGCCGGUGGUGUUUCUCUGUGGGUUCGUUUGAUCCACUGUUAAUGGGAAAACACCGACACAUGAAACACAAUAAUGAGCCGCAGAAGCCAAGAUGAUGUUGUUAAGAUGUUUUAAUGCUGAUUUUAAUCAGACGUUUUUACAGUGGACGUCGUCGGGAAAAGCACGUCGGUACGUAUCAGAACAUGCAGAGCAUCGUUAACGUCGCCGGUUCCACCUGUAGGUCAAGUCGGACGACCUCUGCGAGAAACGGCCGUCACCGCUCGCCGGUGACGUGUUCCACCCGCAGUAACAGAUUGUGUGUUGUUGUUCUGCAGAUAGGUGAUACAGUGGACGACGGAUUCCUACCAACAUGGUUCCACCAUGAGCGAGCAGUCGUGGGAUCGCUGGUUCUGUGAGGAGUGCCAGGACUAUUUCCAGAAGGAGUGUCCGUCCCACGGGCCCCCGCAGUUUGUCCCUGAUACACCUGCGGCCCCGGGGUCGGCCAACAGGGCGGCGCUCACUGUCCCAUCAGGUCUGGAGGUCUUCACCGAGGGAGACGAGGUGGAUGUUCGCUGCGUGGAUCCAACCAUCCCCAAGGGGGCGGUCUUCGGUCCGUACGAGGGAGAGCUGGUGUGCAAGGACAAAUCCUCCAGCUUCUUUUCCUGGAUAAUUGUUGAUUUCGACAACACGUAUCAAUCCAUCGAUGGCAGCGAUGAGACCAAAGCCAACUGGAUGAGGUUUGUCCGGACCUCGUCGGACGAGAGCGACAGGAACUUGACGGCGUUUCAGCGUGGUAAAAACAUCUACUUCAGGGUGUGUCGGACGCUGGUGGCAGGAGAGAAGCUGAGGGUCUGGUACAGCGACGACUACAUCCAACAACUUCACUGCGUCUCUCAGGAGAGCAUCGACCGCAACCUGGACUCAGAUAACGGGAAGCCGACAGUCCUGCCCAACAUUCAGAAGGACUUUAAAUCUCCCUGUCUGCAGUCAGCUCUGCAGGGCAAACCCAGCCCCAGUAAACAACCCAGCGAGGAGACAGACGGCCAGCCUCCUGCCAAGAGGAAGAAGAUCGACCUCAUCUUCAAAGACGUCCUGGAGGCUUCUCUAGAGGACUCCAGCAAGUCCAGGUCCCAGUCUUCCCUCCCCAGUGAGUGUAAAAUAGCAGUGCUCGGGUCGGGGUUUAAUUCCUCUGAAAGCAGCUUUAACGUUCCGAACCUGAAGGUGGAAGAGAAAGAGGAGGAGCACCAGAGCAGCGAGAAACCCUCCACCUCCUUCUGCCCCAACUGUGUCAAACUGAAGAGGAGGAUCCUGGAGCUGGAGGAGGAGUUGUCUCGUGUCAGAGGAGAACAGGGGGACGGGGUCAGUCCGCCGAUGUCUGAACAGACCCUACCCCAACACGAUCAGGCCCCGCCCCACCCAGAGCAAGGCCCUAUCGAAGAUUUUCAAGGAAUGGAGCCCUUGACGCCCACUCAGGUGGUCCUGGAUGAAGACGACCAGGACAUGGACUCGGCUGAUGAGUCGAUUGCUGCAGAUCUUGUGAUUUCUCCAGAAGACCCAUCGAAGCUUUCCUCUGGAGGAGGUCGACGGAUUCGUCGCUUCAAGCAGGAGUGGCUGAAAAAGUUCUGGUUCCUUCGCUACUCACCAACCAUCAAUGAGAUGUGGUGCCACGUUUGCCGCCAGUACACCGUCCAGUCAUCCCGAACCUCUGCCUUUAUCAUCGGCUCAAAGCAGUUUAAGAUCCACACCAUCAAGCUUCACAGCCAGAGCAACCUUCAUAAGAAGUGUCUGCAGCUUUAUAAGCUGCGUAUGCAUCCCGAAAAGACAGAGGAGAUGUGCAAGAACAUGAUACUGCUGUUUAACGCGGCGUACCACUUGGCCCUGGAGGGACGGCCCUUUUCUGACCUCCGUCCACUGGCAGAGCUUCUGAAGAGGUGUGAGCUGAAAGUGGUGGACCAGUACAUGAAUGAAGGAGACUGUCAGAUCCUCAUCCACCACAUUGCCCGGGCUGUAAAAGAAGACCUGGCUGAGAAGCUGCGCCUGUCUCCCUUCCUAAGUGUCAUAAUGGACGCCCAAAAUGAUGACCUUUUCUCAGACAUGGUGGCAGUCUACGUCCAGUUCAUUACCACUGAGGGCUCCCCAAACACAGAGUUCCUGUCCUUGCAGAGACUGAGCAUUGCAAGUGUAGAUGGAUAUCUCCAGGCUAUGGAUCGAGCCUUCAGUGUCCUAGGCCUCAGGUUUCAGGACUUGCUGGUAGUGGGUCUAGGAGUAGAUGGCACCAACAUCUCUUCAGGAAUGAGAGCCAACCUGUACAUAGCUGUACAAAAGACUUUUCCUUGGAUCCUCUGCCUUCCUAUCAUGAUUCAUCGGCCCCAUCUGGAGGUGCUAGAUGCCAUCAGUGGGAAGGAGCUCUCCUGUCUGGAGGAUCUGGAAAACAACCUCAAGCAGCUCCUCAGUUUCUACCGCUACUCCCCUCGCAUGAUGGCCGAGCUGCGAUCCACUGCUCCAACACUGUCAGAGGAGACAGAGUUCCUAGGAGACAUUAGAGCCAUUCGAUGGAUCAUAGGAGAACCAAAUGUCCUUAACGCACUCAUCAAAGAUUACCUGGAGGUAGUCGCCCAUCUGAAGGAGAUCAGCAGCCAGACACAGAGGGCUGACGCUGCAGCCAUCGCCCUUACCCUCCUCCAGUUCCUCAUGGACUAUCAGUCAGUAAAGCUCAUCUACUUCCUUCUGGACAUCAUAGCUGUUCUCUCACGAUUAGCCUUCACCUUCCAGGGAGAAUACCUGCUGGUGUCACAGGUGGAAGCCAAGAUAGAGGAGGCCAUUCUGGAGAUUGGCCAGUUGGUGGACUGCCCCGGAGAGUAUCUGCAGGAGUUUGAGGAAAAUUUCCGCGAAAGUUUCAACGGCGUUGCUCUGAAGAACCUGCGCGUUGCAGAGUCCAAAUUUCAGUCCAUCCGAGAAAAGAUCUGCAACAGGAGCCAGGGCAUCCUGUCUCAGAGGCUGGACCUGCAGAGCCGCUCAUUUGCCAAAGCCUGCAAGGUCCUGGACCUGUCCACCUGGCCUCACAACCGGGAGGACCUACAAGCUUACGGGGAGGAAGAAAUCCAGAUGAUAUUCAACCAUCUGGAGUCCAUUCCCUCUGGGGGUCAGGAGGGCUCCCAGGCCAGGACGGAGGCCAGGGGCAGCCUGGUGGUGGAAUGGAAGGAUCUGAAAGCAGACUACUACAGUAUGAACGGUUUUAAAGAGGUCAUCAGUCACAUCUGCAGGUACAAGCAGCGUUUUCCUCUGCUGAAUCGGAUUGUGCAGGUUGUCAGGGUCCUGCCCAGUUCCACAGCCUGCUGCGAUAAAGGCCGAGGGUCUCUACAGAAGAUGUGUAAGAACAAUCGUUCCCGGCUGACUCUGGAGCAGAUGAACGACCUGCUGACUGUGGCAGUUAACGGACCGCCCAUCGCUAACUUUGAUGGGAAGCGAGCGUUGGACAGCUGGUUUGAGGAGAAGUCUGGCAGCAGUUACUCUCUGUCAGCUGAGGUAUUGAACAGGAUGUCAGCUGCCGAUCAAAAGUCUGUCUUGCACAGUGUUGAUGUCAACACAGAGUUCUACCCUGACAUCUAACAGGCAAACCCAGUGGUGUGGUGCAACAACAAAAUAGUGCUACAACACUAUACUAAUACUAACGAAGUGAGGCAGCAUCACUCUUACACCACUGGGCAAACCACGUUCAUCCAUCUACGUUCAGCUGGAUGGAUGGAUUACAGAACCGACCUACCGGACAAAGGCCCAUAGGCCCAAGGGAUCAGGGGGCACCCUGCAAAAUGUCACUAAAAGAGACACAAAAUGACUAUGAAGAGGUGCAAAAACAACAGAGAGAUGCAAAACAACUACAAAGAGACAUAAAAUGGCCACAAGUAGACACAAGAACUACAAAAGAAAUUACCACAGAGAUGCAAAAUGACCACAAAUAGACUCAAAACGACUACAAAGAAACGUAAAACAACUACUAAAAGACACAAAACAGCCACAGAGACUCAAAACAACUACAAAAAGACGCAAAACAACCACAAAGAGACGCAAAAUGACUACAAAGAGAUGCAAAGUGACUACAGAGGCGCAAAAUUACCACAAAUAACUACAACUACAAACUACUACGCAGCUGUGUCGUUGUAGUUGUUUUGCUCUUACAUGUGAGAGCCCAGAGGCCCACUGUCUCAUAAUCCGUCCAUGUUCAGAUGAAUAUUGUGCUGAAAUCUUCCUACUCUGACUGACUGACUUCUUUCACUGAUGAGCAUUGUCAAACUGAGGGCUACUGCGUGGCCCUGCACUUGUUAAUAAAGCACUUGUUGCCAGAAUAAAAGUCAGUUAUACAUUGGGAACAGUUAAUUAGUGUCAAAUUAAAUGUCUAUGCUAUUGAGCUGCUCUCUGCUUUAGCUUAUUUGCCAAUGGGAUAUUCAGUCAUGUAGUGCCUGACAGAAAUACAAAAGCUAGAGUGUAAUGAUGUAUAAAGGCUUUAUAUUUCUAUUAGAAACGCAGACAACCCUGCUUCACACUGUAUAUAUUGUAUAAACUGUAUAUAUUGUAAAUGCUUUUGAGCCUGUUUUUAAGGAGAUUAUUUUUCUCUUGAAUUUGAUGAUUGUGCCAUAAUGAUCGAAUGCAAGAACCGAAAGAAAAAGGUGCUAUCCUGCUAUGCCAUACUGCAUUUUGCAUAUUUGUUUAGAUGUUUACUGCCGCAAAUGAUAUAUUUGAAAUAUGUUCUUUUUCAGUGGUGCACCGGCUUCAUGUUUGGGUGUUUCUAGUGGGGUAACUUCAGUCUCGGCCAAAGCUCAGGCUUAAAAUAAUUCAAAUAAGUUUUAAAAUCUGCAUGAUGAUACUAAACUGUUGCUUAAGUAGUAUUUUAUGAUUAAAUGCCUGUAUUUAAGGCUGAAAUAAAUGUAAGACGGUGGGAAUAGAGGGAGCUGAGGCAGGAUGACCUCAGCAGGCAGACGGUCACGUUUUAGUCAGAUUUGCUGUGUGUCCUUAAGUUAAUGGAAUAGUUAGACAUUUUGGGAAAUACACUCAUUUGCUUUCUCGCAGAGGGUUAGAUGAGAAAAUCUCUAUCAAUCUCAUGUCUGUGCGUUAGUGCUGCAUUCUGUAAUUACAAGCAUUGUUCAUGUCAGCCUUCGACUUGUGAUUCCGAUUAAAUAUCGGGGAUUGUUUGACGGCAACAAUAUCUCCCACUUUAUGUAAAGAACAACAGGAAAAGUCAACAAAGCACUGGAAACAUUGGCUCACACCAAAGCUCAAAAAUAUGCCACCCAACACCUCUAAAGAUCUCUAAUUAACACAAUAUAUCUCUCUUGUUUAAUCACAGUUUGAGGUUUUACAGGAGUUACAAGCUGGAGGUGUUACGGGUGUAUUUUUUUACUUUGGACAGAGCCAAGUUAGCUGUUUCCCCCUGCUUCCAGUCUUUAUGCUAAGCUAAGCUAACCGUCCCCCUCUAGCUCCAUACUUCUUAUCUAGUGUAUUUCCGUAAAAUGUCAAACUAUUUCUUAAUGUUUGCUGUGUGAUUCGCUCCAAGCCGCUGAAUCCUCUUCCUUUCAUUUCACUGACAGAUAAAACCUGUAUGCCUUUGUUUUCGUUAACAUAUUGUGCAUGUCUGUAUUGUAUGCAUGCAGUUAUUACUGUAUAAAACCGACCUGUUUCUGAAAGCAUAAUGUUUGUAUGCAGGAGGCUGCCUGAGCUGUUUUAGAUGUUUCCGGUUGGAUGUAAUGUCAGACUGAUGAUGGAUGGUGAGUGUUUUUCUAAAUGAUUCGUGUGCAGCGUAAAGAGACUGUUGGUUUGAUCACAUUUCAGUUUUACUGCUGCGAUUUCAAUCCAAAAACAUUUGACUUAAGAAUGGCAAUAUUUUGUGCUACGCCUUAUACUGUAUGUGUUUAUUCCGACGUUUGGCUGAUUGUAAUCUGACGCCACGGCUGAGUGGAGUCGGCUUUAAGUUGUUGAUGUUUGCUGUUUGCUGAACUGUGAGAUUUUUCACUGCUGGAGCUGGAUAGGAAUUUUGGUUACAUGUGAACCAAAAGAGAUUUGUGGUUACUUGGUUUCUCUGUUCACUGUUCUUUCUGUUUCAAAUGCUUUAAAAAUACAUUUUAAAAGACA